AUGAGCGACGAAAAGCACAACUACGUCCGCGAGCCCUCGCCGCCCCCCAUCCCCACAUAUGACGAGGCCACCUCGUCGCGCAAUGCGCCGGCACGCCUAGGACCAAACGAGAUCAGCGACGACGCCGAGCGGCAGGGUCUCCUAACCCCAGAUGUUCGCACACAGUCCGACUCACGGAGACGCAAUGGAUACUACCAGCCGCCUUCGGUCCAGUCGGUCGACGAUGGCGACUCGGACCUGGGCAGCCCGGUGCGGGAGAGCCAGGACGAGGCCCUGCGCCAGACUAUGGAGGAGAUGGAGAUAUUAGACCCGGAAUCCGCAGAGGAAGGAAGAUCGAGGAGGAACCGAACGCGAAAUCGCUUUUCCAAGCGUUUCAACAGCAUACGGCACUCGCUGUCGAAUUGGAAUCUACCCCGGAUACCAUGGCCGACAUGGCGUCCCAACUUCAGUGCCGUCACUGAUCAUAUGCCUACUAUAUCCGAGGAAUAUAGGCCGGGCUGGGCUAUGUUUGCGCGUCUGCUCGGCCUCUUUGUCAUUGUUAUACUCGUGUACUUCCUGGUUGCCAGUGAGGUGGUGCCCAUGGGCGGCGGCUUCGGCACACCCUUUAAUCCAGAGUGGAUACGCCAAACGGCCGUCGAGGGCGUCGAGAGCUGGCGAAUUGAAAAGAAUCUCGAAUACAUUACGAGCUACGAUCACAUUGGCGGCACAGAGGGAAGUUAUGUGCUGGGACAGUGGAUCGAGGGAAAAUUCAAGGACGCGAACAUGGACACUUUUACACAUGACGAAUACUUUGUUUAUAUGAACUACGCAAAGAAAGAUGGCCGAAAAGUUGCCAUUGUCGAUCCACCCGAUAAGGCUUGGGAAGCAAAACUCGAAGAGCCGUCCGUUUUCAACCCACCGAAAGCCCAGACGCCUGCCUACCACGCAAUGUCGGCGUCUGGAAAUGCUACUGGACCUCUGAUUUACGUCAACUACUGCCACAAGAAGGACUUUAAGCGGUUAUGGGACAGUGGCAUUGAUGCGCAAGGUGCAAUUGUGCUCUGCCGAUACUACGGAACGCAGCCAGAUUUGGCCAUGAAACUAAAGUCUGCGCAGGAUGCGGGCGUAGCUGGUGUUCUGGUGUACUCCGAUCCGGCAGACGACGGAUUCAAAAACGGCAACCCCUGGCCUGACGGCAAGUGGCGACCUGGUGAGAGCGUACAGCGAGGCUCAGUUGCCCAGACCAACAUGAUUAUGGGAGACAUACUCACACCUGGAAAGCCGAGUUUGAAGAAAAUGGAGCGCAUGUCCCGGGACAAGAACCUAGCAGUGCCAAAGAUUCCUAGUCUACCCCUGUCGUGGAAGGAUGCGCAGAAACUACUUCAGUCACUCAACGGCGUUGGUGAAGAACUUCCGGAUGAAUGGGUCGGUGGUGUGCCAGAUAUUGGCGAUAAGUGGUACUCUGGCCAUCCGGAAAAGUCACCCAAGGUUUAUAUCCAAAACAAUCAGGAUGAAGUGGAGCAACAGCGUAUUACAAACGUUUUUGGAUCCCUCAAGGGUACAGAGGACCCAGGCCGGAAGAUCAUCAUCGGAAACCACCGAGAUUCAUGGUGUUUUGGUGCAGCCGACCCUGGCUCUGGUACAGCAGUCAUGCUUGAAGUUGUACGCGUACUCGGCGAGCUUCGUGCUCAGGGCUGGCGACCUCUGCGUACUAUCGAGUUUGCAUCCUGGGACGCUGGCGAGUACAACCGCAUCGGAUCCACCGAGCACGUUGAAGCCAACGUCGACGCCCUCCGCGAUGGCGCCAUCGCCUACCUCAACCUCGACGUUGGCGUGACCGGCUCCAAACUCUGGGCCAACGGCUCCCCCAUCUUCCAACACGCCUGGACACGCAUCCUCGACCGCCUCUCGGACCCGCACGAGAACAAAACCCUCCGCGAACUCUGGGACGCCUCCAACAGCAAAAUCGGCAACCUCGGCGCAGCCAGCGACUACGUCGCCUUCCAAAACAUUGCCGGCACCUCCUCCCUCGACUUUGGCUUAUCUGCCUCUACCACCCCGAAAGACGGACCUGCCCACCCACUAUCCCACAGCUGCUUCGAAACCCUCUCAUGGAUGCGCAAAUACAUCGACCCUUCCUUCUCCUACCACACCCUCCUCACCCAACUCACCUUACUCCUCAUCCUCGAACUCGCCCAAGAACCCAUUCUCCCCCUCAAACUCGACGACUUUGCCUCUGCCCUUCAGGAACAGGGCCAAUCCCUCCUCGACUGGACCGAGAAAAUCAGCGGUGGCGCCGAUUACGAUAUUGCUAUCUUCCAGCCGUUGGUCGAUGCGCUCAGCAUGUUUAAGAAGAGGACAGAGGCGUUUGGCGCGUGGGAGCAGAGCUGGUAUAAUCAGGUUUAUGCAACGGGGGGGUUUGAAGCUAGUGGCGUGACGAUGCAGCGUGUGAGGCAUAACGCUAAGAUUGGGGGUUUGGAGAGUGAUUUUUUGGAUUUGCCUCGUGGGAAGGAGGAUAAGGGGGCUUAUGGUUUGCCGAAUCGCGAUCAGUUCAAACAUGUACUUUUCGCCCCUGACCUGGAAAAUGGGCUCGAGGCUAGUGUUUUUCCCUACGCCAGAGAGGCGAUUGCGAGUAAGGAUUGGAAGAGGGCGGCUGAGGCGAUUCAGAUGACGGCUGAUGUGUUGAAUCGUGCGGGAGAGAGGCUGGGGCAGUGA